UUUCAGCAUUGCACUCCUACGCAGAGGAGCGCAAAGUCUCUUUGGUUUGGCCCACAGUCUCCGUGUCUGGCUGGCAGUGAGAGAGAGCGCGUCUCUGCCUGGAAGGGGUUGGAGGGUUUGCUCGUUUCCAGUUCUGCCCAUUUACUCUCAAGGAGGAGGAACGGGAGGAAAGCGCAACAGUGCAGCGUAUGUGCGCUCACAGCUUUGAGACCCACAUUCUUCAGAUCAGAUGCUGAAACCUUCACGCCAGUGAGAAGCUACUCAAAAUAUCUACAAGUGCCCGUCCACGCGCGACAGAGAGGACGGAUAUCCGUGAUAUAAAGGGAGUGACCCUAGUGUUGCAGAAGCGCUCACAAGCCCCGCUGCCUACGAGGACGCGCUGUCAAGUCCCUCAAGACUUUGGAUUAUGAAAUUCUAGCAACUGCAGCACUGGCUGUUUGAGAAACCUCGUUUUCCGGGCUGAGGAUGAGGAGUUUUGUUCAACACCACCAUAUGGAAGAGGAGACGGCAGCUCGCUGGGUCUGAGGGACAGGAUGCGCUCCGGCUGACGCGCUUUCUCCAGCCCCCAAACAACCGUGUGGAUUCAAAAUAACUAAAUAAAAGCUCACAAAGAUCUCAGGACGUAACUGAACAGACUAAAGUGUCUGAGGAUGUAUUGGUCUUUACUGCUGGUGACUUUAACGGGACUGUCCGUUGUUCGCGCACUGACGGAUAGUCCAUGCAGUUCUAUAAUCACGAUCAACAGAGCCGGAUAUGUGACCUCACCUGGUUACCCGUCUGGAUACCCUGUGAACCAGCAGUGUACCUGGCUGAUCCAGGCGCCGGAGCCCCAACAGAAGAUCCUCAUUAACUUUAACCCACACUUCGAUCUGGAGAGCCGGGAGUGCAAGUAUGACUUUGUUCAGGUGUUUGAUGGUGCAGAUGAGAACGCUUUCUCUCCCGGGAGGUUCUGCGGCAAAAUUGCCCCGUCUCCGAUCAUCUCUAGUGGAAACUCUUUACUCAUCAAAUUCACCUCAGACUAUGAAAGUGCAGGAGCUGGAUUCAGCAUCCGCUAUGAAAUACACCGCACAGGUACUGAAUGUUCCAGAAACUUCACUGCGCCACAUGGGGUGAUCCAAACUCCUGGUUUCCCUGAUAAGUACCCAAACAACCUGGAGUGCACCUUCAUCAUCUUUGCACCCAAGAUGGCAGAGAUCCUCUUAGACUUCCAGAGCUUCGAUAUGGAACCGGAUACAACCGCACCUGUUGGGGCCGUUUGUAGAUUUGACUAUCUGGAAAUAUGGGAUGGAUAUCCAACAGUUGGGCCGCAUAUUGGUCGGUACUGUGGUUCCAGACAGCCAGGCAGUGUGAUCUCGUACACUGGCAUUCUCUCUCUCAGCAUCCACACAGACAACGCCAUUACCAAGGAGGGCUUUUCAGCCAAUUACAGCAUCCGAACAAGCACAGAGCCGUCCAAGCAGCACCAGGGUGAGUGUAUGUCUCCUUUAGGGAUGAAGACUGGUGAUAUCACAGAUGAUAGAAUCACUGCAUCAUCCCAGUAUAAUCCCAGCUGGUCUCCGCUGCGCUCCAGACUGCAUUACCCUGAAAACGGCUGGACGCCGUCAGAAGACUCCACCAGAGAGUGGAUACAGGUGGAUUUGGGUUUCUUGCGGUAUGUGACAGCCAUAGGAACACAAGGUGCCAUAUCAAAGGAAACUAAAAAAGCGUACUAUGUCAAAACAUACAAGAUCAGCGUGAGCUCGAAUGGAGAAGACUGGAUCACCCUGAAAGACAAAAACAAACAGAUGGUGUUCCAUGGAAAUCAAAAUCCCAUAGAUGAGGUACAUGCCAGACUGCCCAAACCCACCCUUACCCGUUACCUACGUAUACGACCUUUGACCUGGGAACAGGGCAUCUGCAUGCGUUUUGAGGUGUAUGGCUGCAAAAUAUCAGAUGCUCCAUGCUCCAGUAUGUUGGGAAUGGUAUCGGGUCAGAUCUCUGACUCUCAAAUCUCAGUGUGGCCGUCGGCAGAGAGGGGCUGGCUCCCUGAACAGGCCCGCCUGCUGACUGGGCGGACGGGUUGGGUGGUUGCUCACCCGCAGAAUCUGGGCAAGAACCAGUCACUGGAAUUAGAUCUGGGAGCCCAGCGGAUGGUAACGGGACUCAUCCUGCAGGGAGGGAAAUACAGAGAUGCGAAUAUUUUCAUCAGACGCUUUAGAGUUACAUACAGCACAAAUGGAACAGACUGGGCCUACAUCCAAGAGGAGAAUAGCAACAAAGUAAAGGUGUUUGGGGGUAAUCAGAACCACGACACACCAGAAAUGCGUACGUUUCAACCAGUGGUAAUGCGUUUCCUUCGUUUAUAUCCUGAGCGUGGCACUACUGAUGGCAUGGGGCUAAGGCUGGAGAUUCUGGGGUGUGAUCUCUAUGAACCCACAACACCUCUUCCCUUCACCACCACUAUGGAAACUACAGCAGCUGCCAUCACUAAUAUUUCAGGGAAUAUUCCAACAACUACCAUCAUUCCAAUGACAACAGAGGGUUGUGAAGAUGGUGGCAACUGCCAUAGUGAUCCAGAUACAGACUAUGAACUAACAGAUGACCCUAUAGAGGCACAGUCGUUUCUGGAGAUGGAGUCAGUACCUGCAUACGUCUGGUUUGCUUGUGACUUUGGCUGGGCUGAUAACCCCUCCUACUGUGGGUGGAGUCAAGACGGUGGAGAAGGAGCUGAAUGGCACAUAAAAAAUAAUAGCAAACAUGCUGAUCGUAAACUACCUAACCUGGACCACACAGGGAUGCCUCACAAUUUUAUUUACGCUGCUUCCAACACCAACACUAUGACGAAGAUUGAAACGAUAACAGAAGAAAGUAUGGCAAGGAAAGGAAAUGUACCAAGACUAGCCAGUUUGUCCGUCACAGCACCAGAUACAGACCUGUGCAUGUCUUUCUGGUACCACUUCACUGAGAAACACACAGGAACACUUAAUAUCAAACAGAGGAUAGACCGAGGAGAGGAAGAGGGGGUGAGAGACACUGAGAGGCUGAUACGCUUUGUAAAUGGGCAGAUUAAAAGCAGAUGGAGGGAAGCAAGAGUUCUUAUUCCCAGUGCUGACACAUCUUAUCAGGUGAUUAUCGAGGCUCAAAUGGAUCCUACAGAAUCUGGUUAUAUCUCAAUAGACGAUAUAAAAAUACUGCACGAAGUGGAUCCAGAUGAAUGCAUGGACCCAGAGGAUACAGAGGUUGAUGAGAAUGAAGUUGAUGAGAACAUGACUUGUGAGGGGACUGAUGACACCCUGUGGAAUUUUGGUCGUGGCUCCAUGCUAAAGAGCUUAGAUCCCAUCCUGAUCACCAUCAUCGUGAUGAGCGCAGUGGGGGUUCUGCUGGGUGCUGUGUGUGGGGUGCUGUUCUACUGCGCAUGCACUCACACUGAAAACAGAAACCUCUCCGCACUGGAGAACUACAACUUUGAGCUGGUGGAUGGUGUCAAACUAAAGAAGGAAAAACUCAGUGCACAGAAAUCUUACUCGGAGGCAUGAGGAAUGCUGGACGAACACAUGAGAAAUUGCUGGACAUGUUGAAGGAACGUUUUUAGAACGCUCUACACAAGGUUGAGACUGAGUCGCGUUGUUCUCAGGAUGUGCAGGAAGAGGGACUGGCCUCUAAAUGAUGCUAUGUAUAGAUUGUACAGCCAGAUGAUGAUUGUCUACUCAUUUGUUUGUUUGUACAUUUGUUGCUGAUGAUGAGACUAAGACAAAAAAAAUUAUCCUCUCACACAGUUGGACAUGAGUUCUAUGAGCCCUUUUUUCCCCAUAAGUCAGAGCUGUACACAACUGGGUUUUCAGUGUAAUUGUGCUCUUGUGUUUGCUUGGAAAUGUGUGUUUAUUUUAUUGGUAACACACUUCAUUCCAGUGGUGCCUUUUAAAUGUGUUUCCAUUGCCAUUUCACACAUGGGUUGACCCCACACCCCUCCACCCCGACCCGCUCUACACAGACAGUCAUUUGCUUUUGGGCACAAAUUGUUCUCCCCCCAGAAACUGCCUGUACACUAACCCACUAUAAUUCAGAAGUCAAUAUUUACAUGUAAAAACAUUGAGUGUCCUCCAUCGUCACUUGUUCUGCCAACACAGCCCACAAAAAAGUGAAACACUCCAUUAGAGGUAAUUAAUAGCUUCUAAAAUAUAGUGAACCAAAAAAUAUUUGAACAGUUAAAGGAGCUUUCCGGGUUCAGCACAAGUUAAGCUUUUUAACUUUUAAUUUUGUGAUUAUCACAAAAAUGUAUAGAGUUAUAAAGCCAAAUUUUUGAGGGUUUAAAAGCAGAAAUAAGAGUUUUUAAAGUUCAAAAAUUGGCCCCAUUCACUUCUAUUGUAAGUGCCUCACUGUAACCCAAAUAUUUUCUUUUUUUUUUUUCUUUUUUUUUAAGAAAAGGAGGGCCGAGUCAAAAUUCAGUUUUGGUUGUAAUCAAUAUUAUGCCACAAAUGCUGUCGAUUGAGCUUAACUUGUAUUGAACAUUCCUUUAAUACAUAUACAAAUGUAUAAAUGUGAUUGCAUUAGAUAACAAAAUUAUUCAAACACAUUUUAAAAGCAAAAUGUUUCACAAAAAUAUGUUUGUUAGGUUUUCAAUUAUAAAACAAUAUAUAUAUAUAUUAUACUGAU